AUGUUCAUUCUCACGACGAUCGAAGAUCUGAUACAGAUCGCACCCCAGGAUUUCAGUAAAGAAAGCGCACAAGCGAUCAAGGAUGCUAUCAACAUCAAAUAUGCCAACAAGGUUAUUCACAAGGUUGGCCUUUGUAUCACCAUGUGGGAUAUGCUUAAGGCGUCGGAGGGUCUAAUUGGUCACGGGACUGGGCUUGUUAACGUCAAUGUCGAGUUCCGCAUGGUAGUUCUCCGGCCCUUCCGUGGCGAGAUUCUCCACGGACGUAUCAAAUCCGCCAAUGAGCAAGGCAUGGUCAUUGACCUUGACUUUACCUACGAAGUGUUCGUCCCCCACGCUAACCUGUUCGAACCCUCUCAUUACGACCCCGGUGAGAAUGCUUGGGUGUGGAGUCCUCCUGAUGGAGAAGAAUUCUUCUUCGACAAGGGUGAGACGGUAUUGUUGAGAGUGGAGCGCGAGGAAUGGUUCGACCAGAAGCCCAGCAUUGUGCAGAAAGAUGAGCACGGGAAUGUUGUCGAAAGAAGAGGUGUACCUUGGAGAAUUAUUGCAUCGAUGAAUCAGUCUGGCUUAGGGCCAUGCAUGUGGUGGGAGAGUCAGGAAGGCGAAGAAGAGGAGGGUGAGCAACAACUGCUCGAGAACGGGGACGUUGAGAUGGACGAAGCAUGA